AUGGCUGCGUUGAUGAUGGUUAGAGAUAUAAAACCACGUAACGACGGGAACGAAGAACAUGAACAACAGAGCCCAACGGGCUCAGAGCCACAUAGUGGCGAGGAUACUGGUCGGGUUAUUCAAGACAUUAAAAACGUGUAUCCUGAAGUUAUUGAUUUAUUUAGAGGAGUUAAUGAUUCAAUUUCAAAACAUUCUAUAACCCUCGAUGAAGAGAAUAAAUUAACAGAUUAUAUAUUCGUCAUUAUUGCAGAAUUAAUGAAGAGAAUAAAUGAAAAAGGAAUUGGUGAUAUCAUUAAUGUCAGCGAUGUAAUGAUGAAAAGAAAUUUUGACUCAUUAUUUACAAAACCGAAAACAGAAUAUAGUCUUUAUGACGUAAUUACCGAAUUAAUGAAAAAGAUUAAUGAUAAUAAGAGUUCUGGCGGAAGAGUUGAAUUAGAAGUGAAUGAUGUUAAUGAGAAAUUAGCCGAAAAAGCAGAUAAAAACCACGUUCAUUAUAUAACUUCAGACGAACAGAUUAUAACGGACUACCAUGGAUAU